CUCCUUUUUAAGGAACGAGAAGCAGUCUCUCUGACCUGGGUCUGUUGCAGGAAUGGAGGUGCUUCUCUUGUUAGUAUGUGCUUGGAUCCAUGCUGUGGUUUGCACACCUCUGCAGAGGCUACCCAAUUUUGGGGAUGUCUAUCAUAUUACAGGGAUCCUCAAGCUGCCUUAUGCUGAAAUAGAAGAGCCCUUUGAGGCCUGGUUCAAUGCAGCCGAAGGAAAGAGCCGUAUCCAGUAUUAUCACGGUCAGGUGAUCACUUACCAGUUUGGUUCUAUGAAGCCUUUUGGGACCAGCUUCAAAGUGACUCCAGAAAGCACAGAAACCAGGCUCAACAUUAGGAAGUGUUUCCAAAUCAAUGGCACACACCUAAAUCCCAUAAGGCCUCAGAGUGUCUUUCCUGGCCUAAAUGAAUUCCAGGAUCUCAACAUUUCACCCUCGUGCUCUCACUCUCCAAAUCUCCAGCCUGUACAGCAGGAAUACCACAAUGGACGGUACUGCACAGUCCUGGAAAGCAUCUCGUACUGGGGCAAGAAGAAGAAUAUCUACAAGUUGUGGGUGGCAGAUGCUUCCACUAAGCCUGUGCCAGUGCACUAUGAGAUGCAGGGAUUCAACAGUCUCCUCGGCUCCCACUACGACAAGUACGAAAUCGACUACACCAGCUUCUCCCACACCUUCCCGUCAGACGUCUUUGAUCUCCCCCAUGAUCUCAAGUGUGAAUCCUGGCCUAGUGCAGCAGCAGAACACAGGAUCAUGGCCAAUCCCAUGCAAGAAUUUGUCGGGGGCGCUGGAGAAGUAAGCAGGCAUCAUGAUAAUCUUUUCCAUCACUAUAAGAAGACAUUCAGAAAGAUCUACCACAGCGAACAAGAGAUGGAGCACAGGAAGCACAACUUCAUCCACAACAUGAGAUACAUCCACUCCAAGAACCGGGCCAACCUGUCCUACAAGCUAGCUGUGAACCACCUGGCCGAUCGUACUCCAGAGGAGAUGGCAGUGCUGAGAGGGAGGCUGAAGACGGCAGUGCACAAUAAUGGGUGGCCAUUCCCAUCACAUGGCUAUAAUGAUCUCAUGCUGCCAGAGAGUCUGGACUGGAGGCUCUAUGGUGCUGUGACCCCAGUCAAAGACCAGGCUGUGUGUGGAUCCUGCUGGAGUUUUGCUACAACUGGAACACUAGAGGGCGCUCUCUUCCUCAAGACUGGAGUACUCGUUCCACUAUCUCAGCAAGUCUUAAUUGAUUGCUCCUGGGGCUUUGGCAACCAAGCGUGUGAUGGUGGUCAAGAGUGGAAUGCCUUUGAGUGGAUCAUGAAGCACCAUGGUAUUGCCAGCUCAGAGUCCUACGGGCCUUACCUGGGCCAGAAUGGCUACUGCCACUACAAUCGCUCCGAGCCAAUGGCCGAGCUCUCUGGCUACGUCCAUGUGGCCCCUGGGAAUGCCACGGCCCUGAAGGCUGCUCUCUACAAGCAUGGCCCCGUGGCUGUGAACAUCGAUGCUUCCCACAAGUCCUUUGCCUUCUAUGCCAACGGCAUCUACUACGAGCCAAGCUGUGGAAACAACACCAUGGACCUAGACCAUGCUGUCCUGGCUGUAGGAUAUGGGACCCUCCAGGGAAACGGCUACUGGCUCAUCAAGAACUCCUGGUCCACCUACUGGGGCAAUGAUGGCUAUGUCCUCAUGUCCAUGGAGGAGAAUGACUGUGGGGUGACCACUGCUGCCACUUAUCCAGUUCUAGCCUAAUGGCGAAAGGUGUCACGAAGGAAUUGGCCAGUCAACACAAAACCUACUUUCUAGCUGAGCUGCAUUUUCCUGGACUGCUCCUUUAGAAUCUGGUUAAUUUGAAUCUGGGGAUGUGAGGAAUGGCACAACCAUUUCUGCUGAAACGCCUUUGCUCUGGGCUGGUCUCAAAGCCAAGUCUCUCAAGCGAGUUACUGAAUGUGCAUCUUGUAAUUUAGGGCUUCAGUCUUGUAACUCUUUUGUUUUCAUUGUGUAACUUGAUUCAAGCUGCUGUGUAGUAGCACAUCAAAUAUGUUGCCAUGCUUCAUUUCUCCCUAGAGCAGUUGGAAGCUGGGAGAAGGGAAACGAUCAAGAACACACAAAGCUCAAGUUUUUGUGAUUGGAAUAAAUUAUGCACUGCAAACAAAUGUAUGGGCUGAGGUUAUUUGCAUUGCUGAUGACUGCCAUGUAAUACUGUGGCCUGGUCCACACAAUCACUCAAAUUUAGGUUUAAUGUAGGUGACUGACAUUAGUGUGAGUGUGUGAACCAGUGGUGUCAGUAACCCACAUUAAACCUAGAUUCAGAGUGAAAUAAAAUACCUUAUUUCUCUCUUUGCAAAGGAUUAGACUGUAAAAGUGAUGAUUAAGCAUCCCUCCCCCUGCCCUCCAAAUUAUGGUUUUGUGGUCUUCUCUUCUACAUUUGCAUCAAAAUAAGAUUUUGCAAAAUGGAUUAUGGAGUAUUGUUUAAAAAGCUGCCUUUCUCCUCUGCCCUUGCUUAGCCACUGAAAAACUGGGGUUUCUUCAUGUAUGGUUUGAAAUAAGACUGGUGGUAGGCAUGUAUUUGUUUAGAUAGCUGGCAGCUGGAUAGCUUUCCUUCUUGGAAAACAAUUCCCCAUGAACAAUUUUGAAAAGAGUUUUAAACACACCAGAGUUUUUAAAGGGUUUUAAAACACCAGAACACUUUUGCUAAAGAAAGGUUAGGACUUGUUGGUGAACAGCACUGGUUCCUGCCUCCCACCACUUAAGUCAUAUGCAAUAUUCUCUAAGCUGUUUGAUGGGCUACUGCCUACAGGACUGUGUUUUCCUUGUCACAGCAUCAUUCUGUGAAGCAGUAAAGCCAGCGCCGUGUUGUGGCAUGUGGGGGGAAAAUGAGUGACCUGUCCCCAGGUGUACUAUAAACUGAGAGCUCCCAUUGUGGUGCAGCUUCUGAGCAUAUCUAAAGUGCAAUCUCCAAGUCCAGAGAUGCAGCUGCAAACAGGGAGACUCCUGGAAAUCAGGUAGAAUAAGCGCGGCUGAUAACACAGGUGUCUGUACUUUAAGAUGAGGGAGAGGGGAGGGGGGCAGCCGAGGAGCCAAGGAGAAGGGAGAGGCGUAAGCAGAGGAAGGAGCAAGUUAAAAAGGAGACUUAUCUGAGGAACGAAGCAAGGCUGAGUAUCCUUUCCUGGAGCGUUAGCAGGACGAAAAGAACUGGGUGGGGUUACCAUCCGGGCACUUUUAUAGCUUUAGAAUUAGCAUACGUCCUGCCCUGGAGCGAGCAUGGGAUGAUAACCCAGGGAGUUGUCCUCACACGGCAGCCGAGAAUAAGCGCGGCUGAUAACACAGGUGUCUGUACAUGCAUAUGUGCUUUCUGUGUGAAUGACUUUAUUUUAAACAUGCAUGUUGAACUGGCCCCCUCAAAUGGAGGGUACAGAAUGUACAAGUUGCUGUAUAUGUGUUGAAUAUAAUGUGAAUCAUCCAGCUACCAUUCAGAUAAAGAACAUGUGUGUGAAUAACCUUAGAAGCACUUGGUACAUAUCAGGUCCUUCCAAUUUUACUCGUCUCCUGGGCGUUUUCCAAAUUACACGCUGCAACCGUUUUGCAACAUGUCCUCGAAGUGCCCUUCCGUAUUGCCCGUGUUUUGACAUGAUCACUGUGCUGUCAGCAGGGUGCUAUUCAUAUUUCCAAUGGCUUGUUUCAGAUUUUAUUGAUGCGUUGUAGCCCUAUAGCAUAUGUGCAUUGCAGGAAAGUAGCUGUAUUUUUUCGUUGUAGGAGGCUUGCGGUGUGGUGUGGAGUGGACAGUUCAAAUCACAAUGCAAAGAUUUGUUGAUUUUUACAGCCCCUUUCGGUCUUGUUCAUGAAAUAAUCUUUCCAUGAAAUAAAAUAUUUUUAUUUUUCCACUCA